AUGAUAGAAGAAGCAAUACUGGAUGCAGACAGAAAAGGCAUAAAAGUGUUGAGCUUAGGCCUAAGAAAUCAAGGAGAGGAGCUUAACAUCUAUGGAGGGUUAUAUGUUAGUAGACAUCCAAAGUUGAAAGUUAAGAUUGUAGAUGGAAGCAGUCUUGUGGUUGCUGUUGUUCUUAACAGCAUUCCCAAAGGAACAACACAAGUGUUGCUUAGGGGAAAACUCACUAAGGUUGCCUAUGCUCUUGCCUUCUCAUUGUGUCAAAAAGGUGUUCAGGUUGCUACAUUGCAUGAGGAUGAUUAUGUGAGGCUCAAAAAGUCAUUCAAGUGCUCUGAAACUAAUUUGACCUUUUCCAAAAGCAACACACAGACGACUUGGUUAGUAGGAGAUGGACUGAGUGAAGAAGAACAACAAAAAGCACCCAAAGGAACAUUAUUUAUUCCAUACACACAAUUUCCACCAAAGAAAUAUCGCAAGGAUUGCUUCUACCAUUCCACCCCAGCAAUGUUAGCUCCUUCGUCUGUCGAAAACAUCCAUUCUUGUGAGGAUUGGUUGGCAAGAAGGGUGAUGAGUGCAUGGCGCAUAGCUGGGAUAGUCCACUCUCUAGAAGGAUGGAGUGAUCAUGAGUGUGGCCACACAAUGAAUAACAUUGACAAAGUUUGGCAUUCAACUCUUCAACAUGGAUUCCAACCUCUUAAGGUGCAAGUCAAAGAGUUAUCUCAUUAUUAA